UUGCUCAAAGUAUGUCUUGUCUUUAGAGCCUAAAAGGCUGCUUCGGGAAAGCCACCACUUUUCUGACUUUGCUACCCCUGUCUGGACUACAAUUCCCAGCAACCCCAGCACAGCCUGUCAGUGGCCUUUGUGUACGUCUGCCGCGGUGCUUACUGGGAAAUGUAGUUAAAGUGUUUCUCAGCGCGAGACAUUACCCCAGCACAAUAUCACACACUGGAGCUGUGCACGCCCCUCAACUUUUGAGACUUGGAGGUUUUUCAGAAUGUAAACCAAGGAGAACUCUAGGCUUUAGCCCUUUGCUGCGGACUCUUGAAGAUAUCCAGUGUCUGGCUAUCAGCUCAGAAAACAGAGGGCUCACCUUUCAGAAAGUCUGGGGCUUUAUGGUUUAACCAGGUAUCCUAGACCUGGUACCAGGAUCCAGAUCCCACCCCUGCCCCCAGCAGGGCUCCCCCCUCCGUGGGAACGGAGACCAGCUGGCCGGAAGCGCCAAACUGCAUCCCUGUCUUAGCCGUAGGGAUCAAUCAGGCCGAGGAGUUAAUUAUGUAAUGAGGGGGCAGGGGGUCGGGACUAGUGAAGUCGUGAGGGAGAGGGGAGGGUACCCAGGUAUCCGGCCCCCUCUUGGACCCCUUCGAGGCCCCAGGGGUCUCCAUUCCAACCCACCUCCAGGGCCCCUGGGAGGGGUGGGGCUGUGAUCUCUGGCUUGGAAGAGGCUGUGCUGUGAGCUAUAAAGGGGGCAUCUCUUAGACCCUGGACUCUAGCAACAGGACACAAGGCCAGAAGAAACUACAACAUGUACCAUCCACGAGAGUUGUACCCCUCCCUGGGGACUGGCUACCGUCUGGGACACCCCCAGCCUGGGGCAGACUCUAGCUUCCCACCUGCUCUGGCAGAGGGCUACCGCUACCCUGAUUUGGAUACCUCUAAACUGGAUUGCUUCCUCUCUGGGAUUGAGACAGCUCCCCAUACUCUGUCUGCUCCCCCUCCUUUGCCCCUUCUGCCAUCUUCUCUGGGCCCUGAGACAGCACCGCCACCUCCAGAGGCCCUUCACUCGCUUCCUGGGGUCAGCCUGAGCCUGGAGAACCAGGAACUGUGGAAGGAGUUCAGCGCUGUGGGGACAGAGAUGAUCAUCACCAAGGCUGGCAGGCGCAUGUUCCCUGCUUGCCGAGUGUCAGUCACUGGCCUGGAUCCAGAAGCCCGCUACUUGUUCCUUCUGGAUGUGGUUCCAGUGGAUGGGGCUCGGUACAGAUGGCAGGGGCAGCACUGGGAGCCUAGUGGCAAGGCUGAGCCCCGCCUGCCCGACCGUGUCUACAUUCACCCUGACUCCCCCGCCUCGGGUGCCCAUUGGAUGAGGCAGCCAGUAUCCUUUCAUCGUGUGAAGCUCACCAACAGCACGCUGGACCCCCAUGGCCACCUGAUCUUGCACUCCAUGCACAAGUACCAGCCUAGAAUCCACCUGGUGAGGGCCACCCAGCUUUGCAGCCAACACUGGGGGGGUGUGGCCUCCUUCAGAUUUCCUGAGACCACAUUCAUCUCUGUGACAGCCUACCAGAACCCUAGGAUCACACAGCUGAAGAUUGCAGCCAAUCCCUUUGCCAAAGGUUUCCGAGAGAAUGGCAGAAACUGUAAGAGGGAGCGAGAUGCCCGUGUGAAGAGGAAACUUCAGGGCCCAGAGCCAGUGGCCACAGAGGCCUGUGGGAGUGGGGAUACACCAGGGGGGCCCUGUGACUCCACACUGGGUGGGGACAUUCGAGAUUCAGAUCCAGAGCAAGCCCCAGCCCCUCCCUGUGGUGGUCCCAGUGCUGAGGCCUACCUCCUGCACCCUGCAGCUUUCCAUGGGGUUCCCAGUCACCUACCAGCCAGGAGCCCCAGCUUCCCAGAGGCUCCAGACCCUGGGCGCCCAGCCCCCUACUCAGCUGCAUUCCUGGAGCUACAGCCUGGACCAGGGGGUUCUGCCUAUCAUGCAGCUCCAUCUGUAACAUCCUUUGCCCCACACUUCAUUCAAGGGAGCCCCUUCCCUCUACCAUACCCAGGACCUGGAGGUUAUCUGGAUAUGGGAUCCAAGCCGAUGUACUGAGCCAUGAUGCAGUAAGCCAAGACGGGGCCUACGCCAUCUUCCCUUUAAUAUCUCCAGCUCCCUUCCCCCCAGCCUGGUAGCACCCUCAUUCAAGUGGUGCCCCCUCCCCCCCACCAAAUGGCUGUCUUGGGCCUCUCUUCUACCCCUUAGUUCACACCUUGAUUUCACUCCACCCCCUCUGGCUUCAAAGCUCAGGCAAGGCUGCUCAGAAUCCAGCUGGGGCCAGCUUCCCCUUCCCAGCUCUCACCUCAGUGUGAAUGGAGGGAGACUUUGCCUGGCCAAAUGGGGGCCCCAGCCCAGCGCCCCCACCUCCCGGGAGCCUCAUCACUGGUGUAAGCCACACCAGUUUGUUCUCAGGAUCAGAGUAUUUUUGUUAAUAAAACUCAAAAGACAUUAGUGCUCAGGAAA